UUACUGGGUCAAGUUCUAGGAAAGCUGACCUCUGAUAUGAAAUUUCUGGACAUGACGUCGGCUGUGAGACGUGGCAACAUGGAAUACUACUCAGCAGAGAUGGAACUGAAUGCCAAGUUUCACAACUUCAGCAAGAACUGUAGUCAGGUUCACAGCGGACACAACACAGUCACAGCACAGCUGAAGAUCAAGUCUAAAAGAGAGUACAUUGUUAUUGGCAGCAAUGAAGAACUUCCACUGGGAGAAGAGUUUCAGAAGCUUGUGAGAUGCUUCUUUGACCCGCACGAGAAGAAAGCAAACAAGAAAUAUGCCAAAGCAGGGAUCCUGUUAGAACAAAUGGCGAUUUCAGCUGCUCAGUGCAAACAGCCAAGACCAAGUCAGCCCACCUCAGAGCAGCUGGAUGUCAGAUGUCUACAGAUUCUUCGAGCUUUGGUUCACAACGAGGAGAGAAGACUACCUGAAGACUGGGCUCUCCGGAUGUCUGAAUCCAAAAUCAAAAAGCAAAUAAAUCGAGUCAAAGAUGUGCAGAGUGCCUUGAACCUCAACAACGUGAUUCUCAAAGUGCUGCCCCAUCUUGCCAGGAGGAGCGACAGUAUUGUCAGAGAGGUGCUGGCUUUCAUCUCCAUUAUGCUGUUCAAUGCCAAUAGAGAUGUCCAGAAAUCGAUGCUGGAUUAUUUCUUGUCCACUAGAGAAGAGGUGUUCUUUAUGGCUGUCAGAGACCGCAUGCAAGUGUCUACCAAUGCCAUCAAGGAGAAACGCAGCCUUCUGGCUCAGCAUGAAGCACGGAAGAAAGAAGCCAUCAGUGGCAAUGCCAUCUCAAGCAACUCCCUGACGCUGGAAAAACAGGCACUUCAGCAAAUUCAACUGUUUGAGCAGAAAAUGAAAACAGAAAGGCUUGCAGGAUGGAGAGUCUUAGCUCGAGCAAUGGAAUCCAGUAAACAGAGGCAGAGAUCUUCAUGGCGACGACACACGAAGCGAGAUAAAGAUAGACACAGGAAGUCAAGCUUGGGUGCUGAUAAAAAGCUCAGAAAUCUCAAUGGAAUUGCCCAAGACAGCCAAGCUCUCAUUGAAGACAACAGAACCGAUUUUGAGAUGAGGGAAGUCCUCAUGAACCCAGAGGACCUUCACCAUGUGUCUACGUCACUCACUGAGGUCAUGGAUGAAGGGGUCAAGGAUAUGUUGGAGUACAAGGAUGAAGGCUACAUUGAGUUGGUCCUGAAACUCCUGGCACGGGUUUGUGAUGGGCAGCACUGUGGUCUACAGAGCAGCCAGACAAUGUCAAGUCAUUCAACAUUGUGGGUGAGACAGGCCCAGUUUCUGAACGUGGUCUACACAACCAUUAACAGCACCACCAUUGACCUGGUGAUUCAGCUCUUCAGCACUCUGAAUGAGUUUUGUUCUGGCAAUCAGGAGAACCGUGUUGUUGUCUAUGACAUGAAAGUGAUCGACUACAUCAACUUCAUUCUCAGAGCUGGAGAAAUAGGAGACUGUCCCAUUGAGAAGGUGGUAGAGUUGCAGCAGACUAUAGGCUCUCUGAUCAUCUCACUGAUAGAAGAGAAUGGACCCCAAGCAUCCCAGGUGGCUAAGGAGGUGAAAGAUGCCCUUGACAAGGAGGCGGUGUUCAGAUGUAUGACCUCAUUCUAUGAAUGGCACCAGUCGGACAAGAGGGACAGUGCCCAGUCACUGGGACUGACCGGCAGCUAUCUCCAGUCUGCCAAGUCCAUCGCUGCCUUCGGAGGAUCUCUGAUUCAAGGAGUUGUGAAAGGAAAGAAAAAAAGUAAACUAAGAGAAAGCAUCAUUGAAGUAGGCUUCACCUUUUACCUCAUCCUGGCUCGCAUGAUUGAUAUCGACCCUCACCUGAACGAAAGCCUCAAACUGACACCAGAAAACAUCAAGGCAUUUGAGUAUUACAGGAAGAAUUCUCUUUCUAUUGAGAUUGUAAAAGAUGACAUCCUACAGAAGGUCAACUUCCGCGUAAAGAAUAAGAGUGUUUUGAGAGAAGAGGUCAAAGAGAAACUCAAGUGGAAUGUAGACAGAACUUCACCCAGUAACAAAAUCCGGGAUCUGAUGGACUGGACAAGGGAUGUGAUGAGGGAUAUAUCUUAUCAACGAAUGAUCCUGGACCAUCCUAUCUCCAAAUUCUUUACAAAAGGAUGGCUGCUGUGGAAUUACGGAACAAUUGUGCUAAGUCUGGCCAUCAACAUUAUUAUGCUCAUUACAUGGAAUGCUAAAGCUGUCAUAGAAGAUUGCAAGAAAGCAGAAGACAAUAACGGAACCUUUGUGUGUCCAGAACUGUAUGAUCCGAUUCCGGUGGUAAAGAAAUUUCCCCAGGAGGAGUACCGCAUUACCAUGUGGGUGUUGAGUGGUGUACACAACGCAUUUUCGUUAUUUGUGCUCAUCAGUUACUUCCUAUCAUACCACCCCCGGCUUCCAAGGGCAUCAGAGAUGAAAAACUGGUUUUUAAAAUUGUGUGGCAACUCCAAGUCAGACAAUGACCAGGAAGAAACAAAGGAGGAGGAACCACUGUCAAAGCUCAAUACAAGAUUCUUCAGUUUCACAACAUUCUAUUACUUGAUAUUUCUUGGGAUGUCAAUAGCAGGCACUUUGUUCCACAGUUACUUCUUUGCUUUCCAUCUCUUGAACAUUGUCAACAACAACCAGCUUCUGGGUGGGGUCAUCAAGGCGGUCACACAGAAUGGUAUGUCCUUACUCUGGGUCGCUGUCCUGGGGUUCGUCGUCAUAUACAUCUAUGCACUGAUUGGUUUUGCCUUACUACGGGCCAGCUUUGAAGUUAAAGACAACCUGUACUGUGCCACACUAUGGCAGUGUACGGUUACUGUUAUACGAUAUGGCCUUAUAGGGGAUAUGUUUCAGGAAAUCAAAGACAACCCAACAGAUGAUUCUUUCAGCAGUUUCUGGCCAAUCGUAAUAUACCAUGUGUCUUUCUUCAUCUUCAUCACAACCAUCGGCCUCAACAUUAUCUUUGGUAUCAUUGUUGAUACUUUUUCUGAACUCCGAGAUCUGAAGUGGCGUGCUGAGUCUGACAUGAAGGAUACAUGUUUCAUAUGCAGCAGAAACAGUUAUGAUUUUGAACAUCAUGGCAGAGGAUUUGACCACCAUGUCAAGCAAGAACACAAUAUGUGGGCCUACGUCUACUUCAUCCUUCAUUUGGAUGACAUCAAGGCCAGUGACUAUACAGCAUUAGAACUCUAUGUUGCCAAAUUGAUGGAAAAGGAGAACUAUGAGUUUAUCCCCCUCAACAGAGCCCUGUGUUUGUCGUCUGUAGAUAUUGAUUCAACCGAAUCAAAAAUUGAUGAGCUGCUCACACAAGUGACCAACAUUGCCAAAAAACAGAAAGAAGAGGAAGCUGAGAAAAAACGUAAAGUAGAAAAACUAAAACAAAGACGCUGGCAGGAGAAACAUAGAGGAAUAGUGUUUGGCAAUGGAGGCUACGAUUCUGAAACUGAUAAUUUGCUGCACUCCAGAGUUCCUAGUGUAGGUCGCCCAGCCUCUCGUAUGAUGAGCAGGGAAAUGAGUCGUGAGGAUCUUUCCAUUCACCAGAUUGGCCCUGGUGAGAGUUCCCUUUCUCGCAGACGACCAAUCAGAAUGGUAGAAAGUGAGGGAAGCAAUCAGUUAGCACUUCCUUCUUCUCUAGCUCGCCACAUGAAACAAUCGUCCAUUCAGAGAGAUUCGGAGGAUGAGGACACAGAUGGGGAUUCUAUGAGUGACAGUGACUCUAGCUAUCACAGACCAAGCUCAUGUGGGUUAUUAGAUGACGAUCCAGCGCUUCCAGCUUAUCCUUCCCCACCUGUUCAGGAGGUGUCUGACGAAGCACCUUCCUCUUUCCCUCUACCUCCAGCUCUUGUACCAACCUCUGUCUAUCCCCCACCUCAGAUGAUAGUAUCCCCACCAUCAGUGCCUGCUUCACCACGAUCGACAGCACAGUAUCAUUUCCACACUGGAGAUGAAGAAACAGAAGAUGAUGAUGAUGAUGAUGAUGAUGAUACAAAACCAACAUGA